AUGGAUACUCCGUUGAGUAAUGGACUUCCCGUUGGAGGGCCGGUUGCAGAGGACAAUAUCAUCAACCGAAGAGGUGGCGAGUCCAUCUACCAGAGCUGCGUGAAUUUGAAAUUGCGUCUCGCAGAGGUUCCAGGCUUCGAACAACAUUUAGACGAGAUGGAAGCUGAAGAACGACACACGGCAGACCCAGUGAAUUCUUUAUGGACCUGUCUUCGGGCAGGUUACCCGCUGAUUACCAUCUUCAACGCUUCGCAACCUGAUGAGAUGCUCGAGAUCGACCCUGAAAAAGUACCGGAAGCGAAGAGACCUAAGGCUGCUACUUUCAAGUUUCUUCAGGCAUGUCUUCAGGACAUGGGAUUUCCUCAGCAGGACUGCUUUCUGAUCACCGAUCUUUACGGUGAAAACACAACUGGUUUCAUCAAGGUUAUCAAAAUGGUGAACCGUGUCUUGGAUAUACUAGAGAUGCAAGGUCGUCUUCGCCGGCCCUCCGCAGCAGUAUCUAGCCUGCAAGAAGGUCCAGAGGGCAGCGUGAAGCUCACGAAACGCGAACACAUCCUUAAGGAACUGCUUGUCACGGAACGUGACUACGUGCAUCAUCUACAGAAUCUUCAGGCGCUGAAGAAGGAGCUUGAGGAGACUGGCGCAAUCACUGGUGACUUGAGCCAUCAAAUCUUCAUGAACUUGAACGAUUUGUUGGACUCUGCGCAGCGUUUCCUUAUCCGAAUGGAGCAACAUUAUGCUUUGCCCGAGGAACGUCAAGACUGGGGCCAUCUUUUUGUCGAGAAUGAAGAAUUUUUACGAAGAUACGAGCCCUUCAUCUCGAAUCAAUUACAGUGUGAUGAAGUAUGUCUUCGUGAAUGGGACAAGAUCAGGGUCGCCCCGCGGUCUUCAGACCUACAGCAAAUGGUUGCAAUGCCCGCUACUCUUAACAGCUUCUUUGUCAAGCCAUUUCAACGACUCACUAAGUAUCCACUCAUGCUCGGGGAACUUCGAAAGCAAAUCGAUGACGAAGCGUUACAGUCAAGGAUCACCAUAGCCAUCAACAUGAUUCAAUCUGUCCUUGAUUCCGCGAAUGCCGCCAUUGAUAGGGAACAUCUGCAAAUGGCAAUGGUCGACCUCGCAAAUCGUGUUGAUGAUUGGAAAGCUCUUAAAGUCGAUGGCUUCGGAGAACUGCUGCGCUUCGGAACCUUUACUGUCUUGAAAGGAGAAGGCAACAAGGAUUCAGAAAGAGAAUAUCAUAUCUAUCUAUUCCAGCGAAUUCUUCUUUGUUGCAAGGAUAUCAAUCCUAAUAAACAAAAGACCAAACUUAUGGGCUCAAAGGAUAAGCCAUCAGCAAAUCUAAAAGGCAAGCCACGUCUUCAGCUCAAGGGCCGGAUCUAUAUGGCGAACGUCACAGAUGUUGUACUGCUUCAAAAACCAGGUUCUUACCGUAUCCAGAUCUUUUGGAAAGGUGACCCAGGCGUGGUUGACAAUUUCAUUAUCCGAUAUGUUAAUGAAGACACUAUGAAGAAGUGGUACCAGGAUAUCGACAGGCUACGGGUUGAGAGUGUCGGCCUACGUAAUCCUCGCAACACUGGAACAUCGGAUUCCGAGUUCACGUAUAUGCAGAGUAUGACCGCAGGAAUGGUCAAUCCAUAUCAGCAGGAAUACGAUUCUGAAGAAGUACCUCACAUCCAAUCUGCCUCCUUUUCGGAAUUCCCGGUCAGCAGAAAUGCAUCAAGCACCAGCCUUCGAGCCAGAUCAGCAACAGGAGGUAGCAGCGGGUCGAUCGGUCUUCCUGCGGCCCGUCCGCCUCCUCGUUUCCCUUUGCCGGAGGUCCCGCCGUUGUUGCAAACACAGUUAUCAAAUGGCAACCUGUCUCCUGGUGAACGAGUGAUUGGCACGUCUUACUUUUCUCCAGUCACCGAAACCCCUUCUACGCGCUCCAGUUCACAGUCAACAUUCAAUUAUCCUCGACAGAUGACGCCAACUAAUGCGUGGAAUGAAGAAUCAAAUCGGUAUACUGCGCCAGCUCUAUCUAGAGGAGUUUCAAGAGAUGGGACUAAUGGCAAUCCUUAUUUCAGUACAUCAAAUGGCGCUAACGGCCGCGUUCAGCGACCUUCUUUACCGCCAAUGUCAGGGUCAGGGUCUAGCCAAAUGUCACAACGAAUGCGAUCGGCGAGUAGCCCGGAUAUCCACAACACUCCCAGAUAUAUGAAUGGGCAUUCCAUGCAAACAAUCGAUAACGUUCCGGUACCCCCAAUUCCGCCCCAACUCGCGAGUAUGCGAGCACCAGUCAACCGAAGUCAGAAUAAUUCGCCUACAAACAACGGACUUCCACUCCGAUCCGCGACUCAAACGCCAUCUGGGGCGUCACGACACAUGCAAGGAAACGAUUAUAGUGAUGGAUAUUUCCCCAUGAUGGCCAACAGCCAGUCUUCACUCUCGGAGCAUCCUCUAGCCAAUUCUGGCACCCUCGAACCAGACACGCAGGCUUCUCAAGAGCCUAUCAUGCCAACUCAGCUCAAGGCGAAAGUCAACUUUGAUGACAAUUAUGUAACGCUUGUCAUAGCCAGCAACAUCCUUUUCCGCUCUUUGACUGACCGGGUUGAUGCCAAACUUGCUCGUUUUACCAAUCGCUCCAUCGGCAAUAGGUCUGUGAGACUACGUUAUAAAGAUGAGGAUGGCGACUUCAUCACUAUUGACAGUGAUGAAGCGGUCCAACUCGCAUUUAUGGAAUGGAGGGAUCAGCAUCAGGACAGCCUCGCUCAAGGCCAGGUCGGCGAGAUUCAGCUUUUCUGUCAAGCCGUCGAAAACUAA